AUGGCGAUCCAGGGCAUGGAGCUGUGUGCUAUCGCUGUGCUCAUUCUCUUGUUUUUUAUGGUGCUGAAACAGUUUGGCAUUUGGGAGCCAUUAGCGCUGGAUGACAGCAGUGACUGCGACCUGGAGAUGGCCACUGUUCGUCACCAGCCGGAGGGCCUGGAGCAGCUGCAGGCACAGACCAAGUUUAGCAGGAAGGAACUCCAGUCUCUCUACAGAGGAUUCAAAAGCGAAUGUCCCAGUGGACUGGUGGAUGAGGAAACCUUCAAAAGCAUCUAUUCUCAGUUCUUCCCACAGGGAGAUUCAAGCAUGUAUGCUCACUUCUUAUUCAACGCAUUCGACAUGCACCGAAAUGGCUCAAUACACUUCGAGGACUUUGUGAUUGGUCUCUCUGUGUUGCUGAGAGGAUCUGUGUCAGAGAAGCUGCGCUGGGCCUUUAAUCUGUACGACAUUAACAAAGACGGUUACAUCACUAAAGAGGAGAUGUUGGCCGUCAUGAAGUCUAUCUAUGACAUGAUGGGUAAAUACACGUGCCCCAGCGUGAGGGAAGACGCCCCCUUUGAACACGUAGAGAAGUUUUUCCAGAAAAUGGAUCGGAACAGGGAUGGAGUGGUCACCAUUGAUGAGUUCAUCGAGACCUGUCAGAGGGAUGAAAACAUAAUGAGUUCCAUGCAGCUGUUUGAUAAUGUCAUCUAG